AUGGAUCCACCACAUCGUCGACAACCUCGUUUCAAAAUAACUUGGUGGAUGCGAAAAAAGUAUAAUAUCAAAAAAUGGUUCCGUGAAUUGUUCAGUACCCGCUUUCACCUCCGUGGAAGCAUCAUCCGUCUUCGACAUAUCUAUCCGCAUCCAUUCUUAGCCCUUUUUCGGCUUUUCAUACCAUUUCCAUCGUGGAGCUUUCCGCUACCUGAACCUGUUGCUCCUUCCGCCAUUGCCCAAAACGAGAAAUUAUACGAAAUUCGCAAUAAACAUCAUGGAACUCUCCGCAAUGUCCAAGUCUGGAGAGCUCGUGACACUCCACUCCGCUGUGUUUACCGCAUGUAUGAGAUCUUAAUGAUGGGUGACUAUGUUCCGUUAGGUAGCGAGACGGAAUAUUUUUGGCGUCAAUGGACAAAGAAAUGGUCUCUGAGUUCAAUACCAGAUCCCAAAGAUACUGAUCCCGUUCGUUAUGCAAUUGUUGCAUGUAUAGUGGAGGAGUUGGUACGCGCUUUCAACUGGAGGUUGGCUCUGGGAAUGCGUCGCGAUGGGAAAAAUAUUCGACGGGAGAAUGAAGGUGAUCCAUAUCCCCCGUAUACUCCUGUUGUCGGACCUGAUUGGACACGUUCUGUGCCUUCCAUUGAGCCAGACAUGCUAAAGGAUUUACCCUCUGAAAUGGUGACUGAGAGUGGAAAAUUGGUUCUCGAAGAACGUGGGUGCGAUGAAAACUUCGCAAAACGGAACAUCAUCACGAAUGUCGGCUGGUUCUAUACAGUGUGA